AGACUAGGCUAACAGGUUACUGGAAAACAAGUGUUGGUGCCAGGGCCUCCGGUGGAUACCAGACUGCUUUUUCAGAGACAGGCCAUGGACACUGUGUGUAUUGCGGUCAUCGGUGCUGGUGUGAUAGGGUUGUCUACCGCCUCAUGCAUUUCCCAGCUGGUCCCCGGAUGCUCUGUUACUGUCAUCUCAGACAGGUUCACUCCUGAUACCACCAGUAAUGUAGCAGCCGGGAUGCUGAUCCCUCACACGUAUCCAGAUACCCCGGUGCCCACGCAGAAGCGAUGGUUUAGAGAGACCUUUCAACACCUUUCUGAAAUCGCCAAGUCUGCAGAGGCUGCAGAUGCGGGUGUUCACCUGGUGUCCGGUUGGCAGAUAUUCCGCAGCAUCCCUGCUGAAGAAGUGCCUUUCUGGGCUGACGUUGUGCUGGGGUUUCGAAAGAUGACAGAGGCCGAACUGAGGCGGUUCCCUCAGUAUGUGUUUGGUCAGGCUUUUACAACCCUGAAGUGUGAGACUUCUGCCUACCUCCCGUGGCUGGAGAAAAGGAUAAAGGGAAGUGGAGGCCUGCUACUCACCAGGAGAAUAGAAGAUCUGUGGGAGCUGCAGCCAUCUUUUGAUAUCGUGGUCAAUUGCUCAGGCCUGGGAAGCCGGCGACUUGUAGGAGACACCACGAUUUCCCCGGUAAGGGGCCAGGUGCUCCAGGCACGGGCCCCCUGGGUGAAGCAUUUCAUCCGAGAUGGGGGCGGGCUGACUUACAUCUACCCUGGUACAUCCUACGUAACCCUGGGAGGAACUAGACAGAAAGGAGACUGGAAUCUAUCCCCAGAUGCAGAACUUAGCAGAGAGAUUUUUUCUCGAUGCUGCGCUCUUGAGCCUUCCCUCCACAGAGCCUACGACAUAAAAGAGAAAGUGGGCCUGAGGCCCAGCAGGCCGGGUGUGCGGCUUCAGAAGGAGACCCUAGUCCGGGGGCAACAGACGCUGCCUGUGGUCCACAACUACGGUCACGGGAGUGGGGGCAUCUCUGUGCACUGGGGCUCUGCUCUGGAAGCUACCAGGCUGGUGAUGGAAUGUAUCCGUACCCUCAGGACCCCAGCUUCCAUGUCAAAGCUGUAGCUGACAAGUAACUAAUCCAGGCGAUGCGGGUCAAAGCACAAUUUAAGGUCCACAAGCCGGUCUCGUAACUUUCCCACCGCUUGAAAGUUGAGUCUGACUUCUUUGUUUUCAAAAUUAGAGAUUACACAACGCGCAUCAGUAGACUUAGAAACCUUGCCAGUAAUGACAUAGAACGAAAAGCUCUGUCAAAAUAUGUGCUAUUUAAAAAUACUUGUUCUAUAGGGUAAGAUUUGGGGAGAGUCGAAUGCUAAUUUAUAUGAAUGAUGUAUGCGAUAGGGAUUUUUGUAUCUUUGGCUCAUAAGCACAUAUGAGGAGAUUAACGUGUGGGAAAUACUUGGCUACCUGUCAGCCCUAGAGCUGUGCGUGAUCCUCUCAGGUCAUAGAGCCAUACAAGAAAGUGCUUAUGUCACUAGAUGGGUCCACACAGCGCGGACCCGUAUUUAACAGAGUAGGCGGCAGCCACUUCUUCCUGCCAGUCAGCUGGUAAUGAUGGUAGCUGAUGGAGGUGAUGGAGGUGGGGUUGCCGACGAAGGCUGCGCCGGUUUGGGAGCAGCUUCCUUUCUGUCACCAUGUGUUUUGUUGUUUCUGGGACCAAACACCUAACAGAAACAAUCUUUUUUGUUUGGUUGGUUUUUUGUUUUUUCGAGACAGGGUUUCUCUGUGUAGCUCCAGCUGUCCUGGAACUCACUGUGUAGACCAGGCUGGCCUCAAACUCAGAAAUCCGCCUGCCUCUGCCUCCUAAGUGCUGGGAUUAAAGGCGUGCGCCACCACUGCCCGGCUUUAACACAAACUACCUAAAGAGUUCGUUUGUUCACAGGUGCAGCCCACGUGCCAGGGAGGGCCUUGUAGAACAGAGAUGUCAACUCACAUCUGCAAGUGAGCAGUGUGAACAGGCAGCUGGGGGGAUGGGGUGAGAUACAGCAUCCACGCACUAAUUCCCAGCUAUCUACUCCCCAUCCCAACUCUCCUAUACCUCUACUGUCUCCCAACAGUUCAUUUAAUUCUCCAAUCUGUCUGUGGAUUAAGUCGUCGAUUAGGUCAUCUGUAUCUAGAAACCCCUCACCCAAAGGGGUGCUUUAUGUCUCUCCUAAGCAAUCUCCUAUCCUGUUAAGCUGCCAAUAGGGAUUUGCCGUAGCAAUCACGGAGGCUGCACACUUCCUUACCGCAAAUGAUCAAGAGCUGCUCACUGCGCAGUGAAUGAGCGUGCUGUUGAAGACUGAAUCGUCUAUGUAACCAAGGAGCUAAUUUGCUAAUGGAGACAGAACAAUCAUUUUAAACGACCUGUGACACAAAGUGUUCUUUAUGUCAAAAAGUAUUAGGGUGGAGGAAGGAAAUGUGUCUUGUGAUAAAAUAGCUUUGAGAAUCGCUGAGUUGAGUAAUUUAAGUUGGCUCCCUGACUUAGGUCUACUCCAAGCCUUUAACUUCCCCUGUGUACAUUGUGGAUCCUUGGGAGGGUUCUUGGCCCGGGGUGAAGAUUGUUCAUUGAGGUAAGCAAUCCUGGGGCACGAAUGUCAUUAAAUAUUGGAGAGAGGGACUUUUGGUUUAUUGAAUAAUAAAGUCUGUUUUGAACCUCCUAGGAGGUGUAGGAUUGGCCAUAAAUAUAGGGACAGGGCUGGAGAGAUGGCUCAACAGUUAAGAUUGUUUGCUGCUCUUCCAGAAGACAAGAGUUUGCUUGCACCCAUGAGGUGCCUACAACCUCCGAUAACUACAGCUUCAGGGUUUCCAACGCCCUCUUCUGGCCUUUGUAGGCACGCACACAGAGUCACAGGAAUUAAAUAAAUCUUUAAAAGAUAAUUUUAAAAUGUAUGGACAAGAAGCUUGUUUUUGCUUUUUUUGUUGAGGUUUUAUGUGUGAUUUUGUUUGAAGAGAGCACUGGGCUGGGACUUCAGACAAAAUAGUGUUUAAUGGGCUACAAAAGUUCUUGCUAAAUCAAGCAGGCUCGUUUCUAUUAAUUUUCACCAGGGGGCGAUGUUGUAUCAAUCGCAAAUAAACCAGAGCAUCUGAAAAUUUAGAAAUAACAAGAAAUAAAAAGUAGCUAAGGAA